AUGACUACAAAGUUUUUUGAAAAACUUUCUAGCAAUUUAAAUGACCUUCUCACCAAUAGUAAUGAAUACAAUGUCAUAAUUGAAGUUGGUCAAGUACCAAAUAAUCAAACAUUUAAAGCGCAUUCUAUUAUUUUAAGUUCCAGAUGCUCGUAUUUUAAAAAUAAAUUAAGUUCAAUAACUUGUGGUGAAGGUAAUACUAAAAAAAUUCAUCAAACUAAUAUUUCAGUUAAAGCCUUUGAUUUUAUCAUUAAGUAUAUAUACAGCGGUGUUAUUUCGUUAGAAAAAGUUGAUACAUCAGCUAUUUUUGAUCUUUUAAUUGCUUCCAAUGAAUUUGGACUUAAAGAAUUAGUUGAGCAUAUUCAAUUAAUUUUAAUUAAGAAUCAUGCUUCUUGGCUGCGUUUGAACUUUUCUCUUGUCUAUCAAACAAGCUUUAAAGAUGAUAAUUUCAAUGAAUUGCGGCACUUUUGCGCUAACAUAGUUGCCAAAUAUCCAAAUAUUAUUUUCGACUCUGACGAAUUUAUUACUCUUCCAGAAAACAUUCUAAUUUUUGUUUUGAAACUUGAUGAUUUGCAAAUGGAUGAAGGAACGAUCUGGGAUUAUGUAAUUAAGUGGGGAAUUGCUCAAAAUCCUUCUUUAAAUAUUAACCUUGACCAAUGGUCCGAUACAGACUUCUUAACUUUGAAGAAUACGCUCCAAAAUUGCCUACCUUUAGUACGUUAUUUUCAGAUCCCUG